AUGAUUCUUACCCGUGCACUAGUACUCUGCGCUCUGCCGCUACUCGUGGUUGGAGAGCAGUUUGAGAUCCCUGCGGUGGAGGCUAUCGUCGAUAAAGUGCUCCGGAAUUACUCCAAAUGGGUAAACUUUAAAGGCCACUCAAGCCAUUCCGAUACUGCAAAGCGGUCCGCUGCUACCAUCGUCGCGAAGCGUGGAUUAGCAUACAACAACAACAAUCCCGACGGUAAUGCCGCUUAUGCAAAUCUUUUUGCGGGGUACCCUAAGAUUUCAUGGGGUUAUGACUGGGGAUAUCCAUCCUGGGGCCUAGAUUCGGACUUUGAAUUUGUUCCCAUGCUUUGGGGCCUCCCCAGUGGCUCUGACCCCGACUGGACUGCUGCGGUCGAAACUGCAGGCACCUUGAACAUUCUCGGCUUCAACGAGCCAGAUCUAACUUAUUCAGGCUCUUCUAAUAUUCUGCCGGCUAAUGCAGCGGCGGGGUAUCAGAACUACAUGGAGCCGUUUGCCGAGAAGGUCAAGAUUGGCAUGCCGAAUGUUCUUUGGAACAAUGUCGGCUCUUCCUCCGGCGGCAACUAUGACUCCGCCCAAUGGACGCAGUAUUUCUUGGGAAACUGCACUGGGUGCUACUUCGACUUUGCUGCAAUUCACUGGUACCAAGACUGCGACCCGGGCAACGGACAAAGUGGUGCCGAAUGGUUCCAAGGCAACGUUACAGAGGCAUAUCAGACGCUGAAUCUGCCUGUGUGGAUCACAGAGUUUGAGUGUUAUGGGUCAGAUGCGCAGCAGAUCGCCUUUCUACAGCAGGUACUGCCAUGGUUGGAUGAGCAAAGCUAUGUAGAGCGAUAUGCUUACUUUGGAGUGUUUCCCGAUUAUCUUGUAAAUGACGCAGGCAAUGGUCUCUCGGAUAUUGGGGUGGCAUAUGCAACGACGUGA